CGAUUCAAAAAGAAAAAGAAAAAGAAAACAAAGUGAGAGAUAAUUCGCUGGGAGACAAACAAGAGAGGGCAAAAUCAAAUCUGUUGUUUUUUCCUUUGUCGAUUUCCCAAAACUGUGCUUACUUUUCCUAAGUUAAGAAGUUUCUGGAAUUCGAUUCAAAAAGGUUGCUUUUUGUCGUCUCUCUCUGUUCCAAACUUUAUCAGAGAAAAUGCAGGACCAGUUGGUAUGUCAUGGAUGUAGAAAUGUGUUAAUGUAUCCACGAGGAGCAUCAAAUGUGCGUUGUGCUUUGUGUAGCACAAUCAGUUUGGUUCCUCAUUCUUCUCCUCAAGGUAUGGACAUGGCUCACAUUAUAUGUGGAGGUUGCGGAAUCAUGCUUAUGUAUACACGUGGUGCGAGUAGCGUUAGGUGUUCUUGUUGUCAGACUUUGAAUCUUGUACCAGCUCCACACGCAGCACCACCGAAUCAAACCGCGCAUAUCAAUUGUGGGCAUUGUCGAACAGUACUCAUGUAUCCUUAUGGAGCAUCAUCUGUUAAAUGCGCUGUUUGCCAAUUCGUUACUAAUGUUAACAUGAGCAAUGGAAGGGCUCCUCUCUCGAUGAACCGGCCUAAUGGAGCAGUUUCUCCACCAACAAUGCCCUCUACAUCAACUACUCAGACACAAACCGUUGUUGUAGAGAAUCCAAUGUCCGUUAAUGAAAGUGGAAAAUUGGUGAGCAAUGUCGUGGUUGGAGUAACAACAAACCAUAAAAGUUAAUCAAAGAGGAGACUCAUUUUCUUCCUUCUCUGCGUUUGUUUUUGUGCAUAUAUGAUUUACAUAGCACUCGGAAACCUUUGGUUUCUUUUUCUUUUAACCCCCAAAAAUCGGUAUUUCUUUAUCUCUGUUUUAACGAGUUUGAGAACAAAUGGGUUUGGUUUGCUCUUUUGCUCCAAUGGGACUGAUCUCUCUUAUUGAGUUUAGACUGUUGACCUCACAUUGCAUUUUCACAUUCGUGUAUUGUUACUCUGGUUUAUUCAUUUGUCUCGACCGGUUG